ACGCAAACGCUGAAGUGCAUAAUAAUUGAAUGUGUAACUGCACACAAAUCUUCUGAUCUGCCCUUCUCGCUCUGCAUCUCGACUUGGUCUUUUGGUCUAGACGGGAAGGCCCUUGUUCACUAGUGUUUCACCACUGGAUAUAAAGAAGGAGCAGCCAGUGAAACACAGCUAAAGGACAAACUAAAACAUCAACGUAUUCAGAUACUCCGGUGGAUCAGAAUCAUCUGAGAAGGAUGAGUGGCACAUGGUUAGCUCUUCUCUGUCUCAUGGGCCCCCUGCUGGUUCGGGGCCAGAAUGACACAGAGCCCAUCGUGCUGGAAGGAAAAUGUUUAGUCGUUUGCGACUCCACUCCAACCACAGAACCUGCUGGGAAUGCUUUGGGAAUGUCGGUACGCUCCGGAAGCAGCCGCAUCGCCUUCUCGGCUGUGCGGAACAACAACCACGAACCGUCUGAGAUGAGCAACCGCACCAUGACCAUAUACUUCGACCAGGUUCUGGUGAACGUUGGGAGUCAUCUCGAUCCGGCACGGAGUGUUUUCCAGGCUCCUAGAAAAGGAGUGUACAGCUUCAGUUUCAAUGUGGUGAAAGUUUAUAACAGACAAACUAUACAGGUGAGUCUGGUGUUGAACGGUUGGCCGGUGGUCUCGGCCUUCGCCGGUGAUCAGGAUGUGACGCGUGAAGCAGCGACCAACGCCGGUCUGGUUACGAUGGAGAGAGGAGACAAGGCCUACCUCAAACUGGAGAGAGGAAACCUGAUGGGCGGCUGGAAAUACUCCACCUUCUCCGGCUUCCUGGUUUUUCCCUUAUAGAAAGAAGUUCAUGCAGAAAACAGAGGCAUUGAUAGAAAGAACAUAUUCAGCAGAAGGACGUGUUUGAAGGAGAAAGAGUUCAUAAGUCUUCAGACAAUGAUGAUUCUUCUGUUCAUGCUGGGCUUCUUUCUCUUUCUAUCUUUUCUUUAUGCAUGAACAUGUUGUUGAGGUCAGGGAUGCAUGUUCUAUGGCACUUUCCACUAAAAAGGGGUUCAAAAAUGUUCAUUUUUUUAACAAAGUGUCAGUGAACGGUGCUAAACCUUCAGGUUUUGGUGAUCAAUAACCUCAGGAUGUCAAAUUAAAUAUAUAAUAAAUGUUUUCUUUUCAUUUUGAAUUU